UUCUCCCGUCACCGCCCUUCUUCUCCAAAGCUUCCGAUCCUUCCCCUCCUAGCGUAACCCGCUCAGCGCUCAGAUCCAUCUGCAAGCGGCGGACAUAUGGAGCCGUCCUGCUCCGCGGCCGCGCCGCUCCCGGUGGCGUGGCUCCAGGGCAACGUCCUCGCCGAGUACCUGCGCUUCCUGCCGUCUCCACCGCCGGCGCACGUGCCGGUGGCUUGGCUCCACGGUGACGCUCUCGCCGAGUACCUGCGCUUCCUGGAGGAAGCCGCGCCGUCUCCACCGCCGGCGCACGUCCCGGUGGCGUGGCUCCAGGGCGACGUUCUCGCCGAGUACCUGCGCUUCCCGGAGGAAGCCGCGCCGCCGCAGAUGCGCGUGCCGGUGGCUUGGCUCGAGGGGGAGGUUCGCGACGAGUUCCUGCGGUUCCUCGAGGAGUCGCGGGCCGCGGCUGCUGCUGCUGUUGAACCGGAGCGGCAAGAGGCGCGUGACGGCGGCGGCGGUGCCUACGAUGACGGCGGCCUCGCGGUGGACGACGACCACGAAAGCUUCGUGGACGACGGUGGCGAGGAUGGCGACGGCGACGGUGCCAGCGCCAGCGCCAUGGAGGAGGACGACGACGAGAGCGGAGUCGGAGGCGCCUGCAUGGAGAAAGACGACCAGGACGCGGAGGCGGUGCUCGAGCUGCUGCUGCCGCACAUCCUGAACCUCCCGGCGUUCAGGGCUCGCGCGGCGGCGGCGGCGGCGGCACCGGUAAAGCAAGAACCCGCGCUGGGGUUCGGCUUCGGCGGGUGGCUGCAGCGCGGGGUUUCCCUGAUCGAGGCGGAUAGCAGCAGCUCGUCUUCUAGCUCUGACGAAGAGAUGAGCUCCGUUGAAGAAGAAAUCGAAGAGGGCGCGAUGCGAGCAGCAGCUGCCUAGUGAUUGCAGAUUCAGACACUAACAUAUCUGACAUCUCCUGAUUAUUAAUCUGCUCUUUGAUCAUCUGAAAACAGAGUAACUCUGUAUCACGGUUCAGCGUCAGACACACACACAACUCCUGAUUUUUUUUCACCUAUCAGUUCGCGAUCAUUGAAAGCAUAGUUUGCUAAUCAAUGGAGAAAUUCAGU